AAUGAGGUGUCCGUCUUGGAGUAGUCGACUUUUAAAAAGCAUCGGCUGCCCCUGAUAUGACGACUUCGCUGGUUCUACAUCCACGCUGGGCGGACACCUUGAUGUACGUUUAUGAAAAAAGCCCGAAUGAAAAUAAUCAGACGAAAAGCCAAACAAUGGAGGGACUGAGCGGCAAUUGCCCUGCGACCCACUGCAGGGACCUAAUGUCGCACGCCGCUCUGGGACGACAUUCUGGCAGCAUAGCGACCCACCAGGGCUCCGUCUACUCGGAUAUCUCUUCCCCAGACACCGGUCGACAGUGCCCCGCUCCCCAGACUUCAUCAAGUGCAUCGUUGGGCUACGGCUACCCAUUUGGAAACCCUUACUACGGUUGUAGAUUAUCUCAUUCGCACAACGUGAAUUUACAACAGAAGCCUUGCUCGUAUCACCCUGCAGAGAAAUACGCCGAGCCAAGCGCAGCGCUCCAAACGGAAGAACUAUCCAGCCGGGCGAAAGAGUUUGCGUUCUACCCCAGCUUUGCCAGCUCUUACCAAGCUGUCCCGGGUUACCUCGAUGUCUCUGUUGUGCCCAGUAUUAGUGCUCAUCCUGAGCCGCGACACGACGCCCUGAUUCCCAUGGAGGGGUACCAGCAUUGGGCUCUUUCGAACGGUUGGGAUGGGCAGGUGUACUGCUCCAAAGAACAAACACAGUCCACUCAUCUCUGGAAAUCACCGUUCCCAGACGUGGUGCCGUUGCAGCCAGAAGUCAGCAGUUACCGUCGUGGACGUAAAAAACGUGUUCCUUAUACUAAGCUUCAAUUGAAGGAACUGGAGAAAGAGUAUGCAGCCAGCAAGUUCAUCACCAAAGACAAGAGAAGGCGCAUUUCCGCCGGCACCAACCUCUCAGAGCGCCAGGUCACCAUUUGGUUCCAGAACCGUCGGGUCAAAGAGAAGAAAUUCGUCAGUAAAUCCAAGUCGAGCAAUCACAUGCAUACCACUUGAUACAAAGUAGAUGGCCUCUCAGAACUGCAGCUGAUCCCUUCCCCAACCCGUAGGCCUGUUUACCUCGGACCGAGCAUCACGGCUGAAAAACACUUCGGCUGGUUCUUUAAUUUAAGUUCGUCAACGACAUGCCACCAAACCCAUGAUUUAAAGGUGUUCAAUAAAAAACUGUGAACAUAUAGGUCUCCAAAAAAAAUCACUUCAUUUUUGUUUUUAUAUUAUGUACAUAUAGAAAAAAUAUAAUAUUUAAAUAUCUGUAUUUCAACGGCAUAAGUAUUGCGUGUUUGUCCUUUUUAUCAAACAAGUUUCAACAGGACUGAGGAGGAUUCUGGUGACGGGCGGUUCAGCGUUUUCUUAAGGAACUUGAGGCCAUAUGGACAUUGAUGGAAGAUAAUAACACAUCGGACAACAUAUAGCCCACAUCUCUGGGAGACAUCUUAUGUCUCCCAGAGACUUUUCCGAGAUUGGAUGCCUUUCAUUGAAUAUGCAUUCUUCAAAAGCUACAAUCAUCUCGGUGUAAUAUGUUCAGUUAAGCCUAGGUUACAAAAGGCUUGUAUUGUUAAUCUGUAUAGUGCAAUGACUUUAUUAUUUAAUUCAUAUUCUCGUAUGGUGGGACUAUAACUUGGAAUAUCUCACGCUCUGUAUGUUUUCCUUUAUCAGUCAAGGAUCAUUAUGUCAUGCAACUGGAAUGAUUGUUAACAGUUAGUCAAUGAGUAUGACACACCAAUGCACAAUCCUUUAACUUUUUAUUUCUAAGUGUAGCAUCUACGGUGAGGACGCUCUGUAAAAAGUCUGUAACCCUUUCAUUUGUGCAGUUUGUGAAAUGUAUUGUGAUGUUGAAUUGCGUAUC